UGGGAAUGCCUGGAUCCUGGUCAGAGGGCCUUGUACAGGGACGUGAUGCUGGAGACCUACAGGAACUUGCUCUCCCUGGUAUGCAUCCAGAAGUGGGAUUGCUGUAUCCUAUGGGAGUGAAAUCAUGCACCUCAGAUUGGGACUUGAACUCACGCAGCCGGGACUCGAACCCGGCCAAAACCCACAGUCUUCCAACUGAGAUCACACACCUGGUUUCAGGACUGAAUGAAGCUCAGGUUCUUGAUGUCUCAUCGCAGAAAGAAUUCAGUGAGAAACAAAGCGAUUGGUAAGAAGUGGAUUCAUUUAGAGAGAAACACGCUCCACAGACAGAGUGUGGGCCAUCUCAGAAGCUGUCUCUCAUAUACAUGUGAUCAAGAAAUUAAAACCAAAAGCGAACAGUGACACAGGAGAAAUAUUCCAAACAGUGAUGUUGGGAAGACAUGAAAGCCGUGAAAUCAGAGAUUUUUACUUCAGGGAGAUCCAGGAAAACAUGCAUGUGUUUGAAUGUCAGUGGAGAGAUGAUGAAAGAAAUUACAAAGGAAUGCCUAUAACCCAUAGUGAAAAUCUCACUGACAGAAAAAAUCAACAUGGUGGAAGGGAUACUGGAAACAAACUUAUUGAAAAUAGGCUUACGUUAAGCUUUCGGGAUGAACUGCAUAUAUUUAAAAGUGAAGAGAAAUUUGAUGAAUUUAGUCAGGCUGACAAGAGUAUCAACAGUAGUACCUCAUUUUUACCACUUCAGACAAUUUCUCCUAUUGUCCAAACCAACAUUCCUAAUACAUAUAAGAAUGACUUUAUGCAUCCUUCAAUACUGACACAAGACCAGAAAGCAUACAAGGAAAAAUCUUACAAAUGUAAUGAGUGUGGCAAAACCUUUCCUUAUGGCUCAAACCUCAGUAGACAUCAGUUAAUCCAUACAGGAGAGAAACCAUAUAAUUGUGAUGUAUGUGGUAAGGUGUUUAGUCGAAAUUCACACCUUGCGUGUCAUCGGAGAAUUCAUACUGGAGAGAGACCUUACAAAUGUAAAGAGUGUGGCAAAGCCUUUAAUCAGCGCUCAAACCUCACUCGACAUCAGGUCAUCCAUACAAGAGAGAAGGCAUAUGAAUGUGAUGUGUGUGGCAAGGUCUUCAGUCGAAAAUCAAUCCUUGGAAGUCAUCAGACGGUGCAUUUUGGAGAGAAAUCUUACACAUGUAAUGAGUGUGGCAAAGCCUUUAGGAAGCGUUCAAGCCUUACUCAGCAUAAGAGGAUCCAUACUGGAGAGAAGCCUUACCUAUGUGUUGAGUGUGGAAAGGCCUUUAGGAAGCAUUCAAAUCUUACGCAGCAUAAGAUAAUCCAUACUGGAGAGAAACCUUACAGAUGUAAUGAGUGUGGCAAAGCCUUCAGUGUGCACUCAGCCCUAAGGAACCAUCGGAUAAUCCACACAGGAGAGAAACCAUACAAAUGUGAUGUGUGUGGCAAGGUCUUUAGUCGAAAUUCAGUCCUUGCAAGUCAUCAGAGGCUGCAUACUGGGGAGAAACCUUACAAGUGUCAUGAGUGUGGGAAGUCAUUUAUUCAACGUUCACUCCUUUGGAUUCAUGAGAAAAUUCAUACUGGCGAGAAACCUUACAAAUGUAAUGAGUGCGGCAAAGCCUUUCCCGUGCGGUCAAUCCUUACCCAACACAUGAGAAUCCAUACUGGAGAGAAACCUUAUAUAUGUGUUGAGUGUGGCAAAGCCUUUACAAAACAUUCAAAUCUUACUCAACAUAAGACAAUCCAUACUGGAGAGAAACCGUACAAAUGUGAUGAGUGUGGCAGAGCUUUUACCCAAAUUUCAAGUCUUAGUAGGCAUCAGAGAAGGCAUACUGGAAAGAAACCAAAUAAAUGUAGUGUGUGUGUCAAGGCUUUGAUGCAACCUUCACAGCUUUGGGGUUAUGAGAGAACUCACACUGGAGAACACAAAUGCAAUUUUUGUGGCAAGGCUUUUAUCCAGCACUCAAGCCUUGAGGCACAUCAGAGGAUUCAUAGAGGAGAAAGACCUUAUAAAUGUAAUAAAUGCGAUAAGGCUUUUAUCCAGAAUUCACAACUUUGGCGUCACAAGAGAACUCAUAUUGGAGAGAAAUCUCAUAAAUGUAAUGAGUGUGGCAAAGCCUUUACAGAUAGUUCACAUCUUAAUCGACAUAAGAUAAUUCAUACUGGUGAGAAACCUUACAAAUGUCACGAGUGUGGCAGAGCUUUUACCCAAUUUACAAACCUUGCUAGGCAUCAGAAAAUACAUAACUGAAAAGAAACAUU